AUGGAGCGAACCAGCAAGCUCGCCCAGCUCACCCUCGUAUCAAAGUACUACCCCGUGGCAAACUACUCGUACCCUCGCAGCGAGGGCGCCCGCACUCCCUACAACAGCAGGAGAUCUUCGAAUGAGUCCGAGGAUAAGAGGACGUCGCUCGGCUCGCAGGCAAGUGCAGGCGCCGUUCCUUUGUCGCCGCCGGGCCUGAUUGACGACCGCACCGACUCCGAGGCUUCGGCAGACGACGACGAUUACCGUUAUCACGCGCAUGGGGACGAGCUCUGGGACAGCUUCCUGGAAUCCGGACUUCACAUUCACGGCAGCACCAAGAAUAAAGGCGUGGCAAUGGCUUCUGUUGCAGUGCUAGGUGCCGUCCCGCCCAUGGUCCCACCCAAAGACUAUCCGGCCUUGAUUCCUUCGCCUCAGUGUGUGAGGAGACGGCCUCUUCCUCAGGGACAUCACUCUCAAGAAAACUCCUGGCCACUCUCAGAUAUUCAGUCGCGAAGAACAUCGCCAAUAUACUCGGCAUUCCCCAAGAUUGUGUCAAUGCCAUCCAACACAUGCUCAAGGCAGAGCUCCAGCUCUCAGCUCUCAGCUGCCUGCUCAACGGACGCUUGUUAUCCUCCUCAAUACGCUCCUCCUCUUCCUCCAAGACCUGCCGCCCAUCAACAUCGUUCAGCGAGCCCUCAUCCCAGGGCCUUCUCCCCCGUCUCCUUCAUGGCAUUUCAUCGCCCUACCAGCUCCAACGGCUCACGGCCAUCCACCCCCCUGGACUAUCACUAUCCCCCUCCCUCUCCUCCACCAACAGCACCACUACCAGCUCUGCCGCCUCUCGCCAAUCGAUCCCCUCACUCAUCUCUCAUCACGCCUCGAUCCUCCAACCUCAUCAGCGUUGAGCCUGCUCUCACCCAAACCCUCCGCCCUUACAAAUCAACCACACAGCUCCGCCCCAAGCCACCUCCGGAGCCACUCCCCAUCUCCGUCUUCGAGUACGACACAGACUCGGACUGUGACAACGACGACAACGAAAGCAGCUCCUCGGGAUCCCCCACGCUGCCCUUCUUUCGCUUCCACAGGCGCAGCCAGAGCCCCAACACAACCGAAGGCAUCCUCGCCCGCCGCCGCGGCUCAGCCUCCAAAGCCCCCGUCCAGCAAUCCUUCGUCGACGCUGCCACCGUCGCAAAGGACCGCCGGCGACGCAAGCGGACAAACACUAUGGAAAGCCUAAAGCAAUCAGUGCUAGGCCUGCGGAGCCGUUGACGGCGUUGCACCUUUUCAGCUGUUCUUGUUCUUGUUUUCUAUUAUCUUGUUUGCAUCUUGAUUCAAGGAGGCAGGGCCAACUUGAACCACAUUCACUCAUUCAUUGUUCACGUCUCUCUUUACAAAGCAAGCGGACCAUGGCCACUCAUUAUGAUUUGCUUUUAACACACGAUUAUCUUACGUCUUGGUUUUCCUUUGUAAUAUUGAACUGGGGUUCAACACGGCAGCAUUGGAAGGAGUAUUAUUAAGUACCUACUUGGGGGAGUUAGACAGUGGCUCAUGAAGCCCAUAAUGAAAUUCAAUUGCAU